UCUGUAGUAGUUGUAAUCACUGAUCUGUGGAGUAGGCUCAAGCGGCAAACAAAUAGUAUAUGAAAACAAAAUAAUUAAAACUCGUCUUAUUAGAGUAAUACUAGUUACUUUUUUUAGAAACAUAUUUUUAAUCAAUUUAAAUUAAUUAUAUAAUAUUAGAGUUGCAGUCUGCAAGAAUUUAAAAUGGCUGAAACAGAAGAAAAAGUUAUCAUGACACCAAAAAGUAAAACCCCAACAUCUACGAUAUUGGUGAUUGAAAGAAAAGCGGUUACCAUACCUGAACCAAGUGAUAAAAUUCAUGUUGCUGGUGGUGAUCACACUGGAAUAAUUAUAAACAAAGAAAAGGUUUAUGAAAAUGGGUUAUCAGAGCCCUGUCAUGCACAGUUAGAAUUUUGUGUAUAUUUGGUUUCUGCUGCUAAUGGUACCCACACAAGAGAAGCAAGAGCUUUACGGUUUUGGUUUAAACCUGAUGUGUCCUUACAUGAAUGUCCACAUGAGGCUCAAGCGUUCUUUAGGGAGCUUGUAAGUCCACAGGAUUUUCCUAAAGAUUAUGUUGGUUUUAUAAAGAAGAUAAUUAAGUUAAUGCAGAACAAACAUCAUCUUUUGAAAGUAUUGGAGGUGGAGUUAAGACAGGAGGGAACAGGUCCACCGCCACCAGAGGCAAAUGGUGUGAUACAGCGUAAGGAUAUAAUAUACAAGUAUUGUAAUGGUACUUUUAUUGAUGACAGUAUAGCCAAUCAAACUCAAUUUUCGGAACAAAAGGUAUUGGAUAUGAUUGAAAAUGCAUACCCAAAUCCGUUGACUGUAGAAGAUUUUGUCACAGCUGGUCCAUGGUCCAAAGCGGAGGUUAAAGAUGCAUUGGAGUCUUUGGAAGAGAAGGGUCUCACUAGACCAAUAUCAGAUGGUUUAUACAUACGGCAGCACAGUGUUGAUACACAGGUAGUGAAACAAAUGCCAACAUUGUGUUCAUCUCGCCAACCAACCAUUGCUGUAGUGACUGCCUUGUACUGCGAGAAGCAGGCUGUUGACGCCAUGAUGGAUAAUCAAGAGACAUAUGUGCGAUUCACAACAGUUGGAGAGUCAAACGUGUAUACCUUGGGUACUAUUGGCGCUCAUCGCGUGGUAACCACCAAAUUGCCAUCCGUGGGACGGACCAGGGAAGCUAUGACUGCUGCUGGAAAUACUACUACCAGAUUGCUUGGAAUAUUCCAAAAGGUGGAGUACGUAUUCUUGGUUGGCGUUGGUGGUGGCGUACCUCACUAUACGGAUUAUAAGAAACACGUGCGCCUUGGUGACGUUGUUGUUUCCACUCCUGCGCAGGAUUUGCGGGAUAAAAAUGUAUAUGUAUACUGUGAGAAAGCAGAGCGUAACGAGAAAGGCGGGUGGGACUACGAAGUAAAGCCAUACAAACCAGUGAAUUUCCUCUUGCAAGAACUAGCUCAGAGAAUUGCUCAUUCGAAUGGCCUUUGGACUACAUAUGUACAAGAAGGUCUAGAGCGUCUUAAGGGCAUGCCAGGCCGCUGGGAGGUGCCAGAGCAAGGCACAGAUCGCCUCUGCGUUGAUGUAGGAGAUGGAGCAUUUAUAGAAGUGUCGCAUCCUGCACCAGCCGGUGAAAAAACCCGCGAAUCCCGCGUGCAUUGUGCGCCAGUAGCGGGCGGACGUGCGGUGUCAUGCGGGGGUGAAGUAAGGGCCGCGUUCGCUAACCACGCGCGCGCUUUGGCCUAUGAUUGCGAACUCGACGCCGUGUUGGACAGCGUCGUUGGCAAUCGGAAGGAUUGCUUUAUAUCUAUUAGAGGUAUAUCUGACUAUCGUGAUGGCACCCGUGGAAAAGAAUGGCAGCCCCAUGCUGCUCUUACGGCUGCCGCUGUCAUGAAAACUAUAAUCGCUGCCAUGGAACCACCCACAGAUUAAAAAUGUUAUGACCAUAGACCAUAAGAGAGUAUGACAUCACAUUUUAUGGCUAUUUACCCUGUGAUUUAAAACUCACUAUGAUAUUCGUAUAAUUACGAAAACGUUUGUUGUAAUCAAUUGCAUGAUAUAGUUUUUUACCAAAGUACAAUGUUGUCAAAAUUAUCUGGUGCUAUAAACCAAAAACAGCUUUUUUAACAAUUACCCUCAAAUAACAAGUGAUGGUUCUUGUCAAAUUAUUACCAGUUUAUUGCCUGAUCCAGACAAGGUUACAAGUCAACUUGCCUUAUUUUACUUAUUAGUUAAAAUGUUCUAGAUAUUUAGACCCUAAUCAUGUUAUUCCCAUUUCAUAUUUAUAAUGUUGUAAACAUUAAUUUAUCAAGUGUCCUUAGAUAUGUAUAAUUUUUGUAUAUUAGGGCUCAAAUUAAGAUCUUCCUUAUAAGGCCUUAUUUAUAUUGCAUUUUGUGUGCAUUCCUCAAAGGACUGUUUUAAGAUUUAUGCUUCUGCUUAAUUAGGAAUUUUUAAAGUUUUUAGAAUUCUAAAGUAGAAAUAAUGUUUACUCACUGCCAACAGGCCUAUUUAUUAUAAUAAUCUUAAUAUUGUUGACCAAUUUUUUGUGAGAUAUAUUCUAAAACCAAAGUAGAGUUUGGCUGUUUUAACAGGUCUAGUCACCUGAAAAUAUUUUUAUUUACACCUAUUUAUAAUCUGACAUGUUGAAUCCAUAUUUUAUAAUGUUUCAUGUAGUUUUUUAAUAUUUAUACAUUGUCAUGUUUAUUAGAAUUUUACAUUAGAAUUAGCUUUAUGCCACUUAUUGUUAGAAUGACGUUAUGUUUAAUGCACAUUUAGGUUAUGCAACAUGAUUUGAGAUUAUUGUGUAUAUUUUGAUUUAUAACUAUCAUGAAUGUUUUUUAAUGAUGCACAAAAUUCAAUAAAAUGUUGAACAAUUUACCUUUAAU